AUGGAAAAAAAAAUAUUUGUUAUAUAUUCUAGGAGAGAAGAUUCAACAGAAAAACGACUACAGAAAGCGAAUCAGAAUGAUGAGAUAGACCUAAGGUUUGGUUAUGAACGUUACAAGGACCCUCAAGAGAUCACCGGAUGGCUUAUCAAUAUGCAUCCAACGGACAUCUUGGAUGGUAAUAAAAGAUUAAUCUCAGCUGUUGAUUAUUAUUUCUUACAAGAAGAUGGUGGCCGUUUUAAGGCUACAUUGCCAUUUAAACCCUACUUCUAUGUCAUUACUAAAAAAGAUUGCGAAAGAGAGGUAGCCUCCUUCUUGACCAGAAAAUUCUCAGGGAAGAUCUCAGCCAUUGAAAGUGUAACGAAGGAAGACUUAGAUUUGGCUAACCAUCUAGUUGGUUUAAAACGUAAAAUGUUGAAGUUGUCGUUUCUCAGUGUAGAAGAGUUAAAUAAAGUGAAACGUGAAGUUUUUUCUGCCAUUAAGAAGAAUAAAGAAAGAGAAAAGGCGAAUGAUGCCUAUACUAGCAUGUUGACCAGCCAUUUAACUGGUGAAGAGAAUUCAGUAUCUAAGAAACUCUCUGAUCAGAUGGAAAAUAUGAUGGACAUUAGAGAAUAUGAUGUGCCGUAUCACGUACGAGUAUCUAUAGAUAAAGAGAUCUUUGUAGGACAUUGGUAUACAAUACGAGGGCGAGGUAGUGAGCCACCAGAAAUAACACGUAGAGAUGAUCUCGUAGAUAGACCAGACCCUGUAGUAUUAGCUUAUGAUAUAGAAACAACUAAAUUACCAUUGAAAUUUCCUGAUUCUGCCACUGAUCAAAUUAUGAUGAUUUCUUACAUGAUCGAUGGACAGGGUUAUUUAAUCUGUAAUCGUGAAAUAAUCUCUCAAGAUGUAGAAGAUUUUGAAUAUACACCGAGACCAGAAUUUGAAGGACCAUUUAUAAUCUUUAAUGAACCUGAUGAGAUAGCAACCAUUCAGAGAUUUAUAGAUCAUAUAUUAGAAGUGAAGCCACAUAUUUAUGUCACAUAUAACGGUGAUUUUUUCGACUGGCCGUUCGUAGAAGCGAGAGCUGGGUUUCAUGGGAUUGAUUUAGAAAGAGAAAUCGGAGUAACUAAGGAUACUCAAGGCGAAUAUAAAUCACGAACCAGUAUCCACAUGGAUUGUUUCAAAUGGGUAAAAAGAGACAGUUAUUUACCAGUUGGUAGUCAAAAUUUAAAGGCUGUUGCCAAGGCUAAAUUACGUUAUGACCCAGUUGAAUUAGAUCCUGAAGAAAUGUGUCGAUUGGCUAGUGAACAGCCACAGGUGAUGGCUAAUUAUUCAGUAUCUGAUGCUGUAGCUACGUACUAUCUCUAUAUGAAAUAUGUACACCCGUUUAUAUUUGCCUUGUGUACUAUUAUACCUAUGCAACCAGAUGAGGUAUUAAGAAAGGGAUCUGGUACUCUAUGUGAAGCGUUAUUGAUGGUACAAGCUUAUCAUGCCAAUAUCGUAUUUCCUAAUAAACAAGAGUCUAUAUUAAAUCGUUUAACUGAUGAUGGUCAUGUCCUUGAUAGCGAGACAUACGUUGGUGGUCAUGUGGAGGCUAUAGAGUCUGGUGUUUACAGAGCUGAUGUUCCUACCAGGUUCAGAAUGGUACCAGAAGCAUUUCAAACAUUGAUAGACAAUGUCGACAGGACCAUGAAAUUCUGUAUCGAAGUAGAGGAGAAGAUACCUAUUGAUCAAGUCACAAAUUUUCAGGAGAUUUGUGAUGAUGUAAAAGAGAAGUUGGCGAUGUUACGAGAUUGUCCGAAUCGUUUAGAGAAUCCUAUUAUAUAUCAUUUAGAUGUCGGGGCUAUGUAUCCUAAUAUUAUUCUAACCAAUAGAUUACAGCCUCCUGCUAUUGUAGAUGAAGCAACAUGUGCUGCCUGUGAUUUUAAUAAACCUGGUGCCAAAUGUCAACGAGACUUAUCUUGGAUGUGGCGGGGAGAAUUCAUGCCAGCCUCCAGAAAUGAAUUCCACAGAAUACAACAACAACUAGAAAAUGAGAAGUUUCCGCCAUUUUUCCCUGGAGGUGAACAGCGAGCUUUUCAUCAGUUGAACCGAGAGGAACAGGCCACUAUCGAGAAAAAACGUCUUGCAGAUUACUGUCGUAAAGCUUACAAAAAGACAAAAUCAACGCGUAUGGAAGAAAGAGUAGCUACUGUCUGUCAACGAGAGAACUCGUUCUACGUGGACACGGUCCGUGCUUUCCGUGAUAGACGUUACGAAUUUAAAGGAUUAACGAAGGUGUGGAAGGGGAAACUAUCAGACGCUGAGAAAAAGAAAGACGCAGCAGAGAUUAAAAAAGCUAAUGGAAUGGUUGUCUUGUAUGAUUCCUUACAGUUAGCCCAUAAAUGUAUUCUGAACUCAUUUUACGGUUACGUCAUGAGAAAGGGUGCAAGAUGGUACAGUAUGGAAAUGGCUGGAAUUGUCUGUUAUACUGGAGCUAAUAUCAUCUGUAGAGCUAGAGAAAUAGUCGAACAAAUUGGUCGUCCAUUAGAGUUAGAUACAGAUGGUAUAUGGUGUAUAUUGCCAGCAACCUUUCCAGAGAAUUACGUGGUAAAAUCAACUAAUCCAAAAAAAUCGAAAGUCACUAUUUCUUAUCCUGGUGCUAUGUUAAAUAUCAUGGUCAAGGAUGUUUUUACCAAUGAUCAAUAUCAGGAGCUUGAAGAUCCAGUAGCCAUGAAAUAUUCUGUACGCAGUGAGAACUCUAUAUUCUUUGAAGUAGAUGGACCAUAUUUAGCCAUGAUCCUACCGGCAUCUAAAGAAGAAGGGAAGAAACUGAAGAAACGUUAUGCCGUGUUUAAUUUCGAUGGAAGUUUGGCUGAGUUGAAAGGAUUCGAAGUUAAACGACGUGGAGAGUUACAACUCAUUAAAAUUUUCCAGUCCUCGGUGUUCGAGGCGUUUUUAAAAGGAAAGACGUUAGAAGAGUGUUACGAAGCUGUGGCUAAGAUAGCUGAUUACUGGCUGGAUGUGUUGUACAGUAAAGCUGCCAAUAUGCCAGAUUCUGAGUUAUUCGAACUUAUCGCGGAAAACAGAAGCAUGUCUAAGAAAUUAGAGGAAUAUGGAAGCCAGAAAUCAACUUCUAUCAGCACUGCUAAAAGAUUGGCUGAAUUCCUCGGUGAUCAGAUGGUAAAAGACGCCGGUCUGAGUUGUCGUUACGUUAUUUCUAAGAAACCAGAAGGGGCACCUGUUACAGAGAGAGCAAUACCAUUGGCUAUAUUUCAAGCAGAGCCAAGUAUUAAAAGACAUUAUUUACGAAAGUGGUUGAAAAGGCAGGAUUUAAAUGAUUUUGACAUUCGGGAGAUAUUGGACUGGCAGUAUUACAUUGAAAGAUUAGGUGGAACUAUACAGAAAAUUAUUACCAUACCAGCCGCGUUACAGUCAGUACCCAAUCCUGUACCCAGAAUACCUCAUCCUGAUUGGUUGAGAAAGAAAUUGCUUGAAAGAAAUGAUGUAUUUAAACAGAAGAAGAUCAGUGAAAUGUUUUCUGUGUCUGCUAGACCUGUACAAGACCUGGUAUAUUCCCAAGGUGCGAUUCCAUCAUCUCAGAAUGGUGUCAAGGACAUAGAAGAUAUCGGCAAUAAAGGGCACAAUGGAAAUAAAAACGGAAUGGCUAUAUCUCACAAACGGAAACGUAUCCAGUCUGGCAAUGAUAGUAUGGAUUUAACAGAUAGUACCCAGAACACUCAGCAAUCACAGAACUGGCGAGAAGCUCUCGGUCCACCACCCCCCAUGGGCAAAACAAAGGAAGAACGUAAAAUUUGGGUUGAAUAUCAUAAAAAAAAAUGGGAACUUCAAGCUAAAGAAAAACAAGAUAGAAAACGACAGAGGACAGAGUUAGAUAUUUCUACGUCAAUGUCCACCACACCAGCUAGAGGCCUGGGAGGAUUUUUACGAAAGACAGCUAGAAGUAUGAUGGACAUGCCUUGGCAAAUUGUACAGUUAGCAGAGACUUCCAAUCCCGGUCAGUUUAAACUAUGGGCUCUGAUAGGAUCAGAUUUACACGCCAUGAAACUGGUUGUACCUAGAAUAUUUUACGUCAAUCAAAAAACACCGAAACAAGGAGAGGGGGAACUCUGGAAGAAGAGUAUAAAGACGUUACCCAGAUCUCAUCCAGUCUUUAAUCUAUAUCAGUAUUCUGUUCCUGAAGAUGUUUAUUUACAACAUAUCAAUGAUAUAAAUGCUGAUCUCUCAUCACCUGAUAUAGAAGGUGUUUAUGAAACACAGGUACCAUUAGAGUUCCGUGCCUUGAUACAGCUAGGAUGUGUUGUCACGGUAAAUAGAGAGUUCGCGAGGCAGAUGUCAGGAAGGGAGACAGAUACAUUUGAAAUGGAUAAUUUAGAUUUUAGAACAUUAGCUCAGUUUCCAUAUCUUGAAACUGGUUCUAUUAAACAUCUGUAUUUCUACCAUCAUGCUUGUGGAACUAAACAGUUAUAUGGAUUGUUUUUACCGAUGUCUAAGAAAGGUACAGUGUUUGUAGUUGAUACUGUACGAAGUGAUCAGAUGCCUAAUAUAACAGCUUUAUACAACGCUGAAAGAAAUAACAAAGUAACUAAGGGAGCAGAUGAAGACAGUCUCCCACCAGCAGGACAUACUUUUGAGUAUAAACUAGAGAAAGAUAUCAGACAAGUUUAUCGAACCAUACAGAGAAUGUUAUCAGCUUAUAAAGAUGAGAAACGUGGUCCAACAUUUAUAGCUGUACAAUCAUCAUUAGAUUUUGCUCAUCUUGUAUCUGUAAUACCAGGACUAACUGAUUUUCCUCUAGUACCAAUACAUAUAGCUGAUAGUGAUAAUUUAUAUAAUGUAUUAGAUUGGCAGAGAGUCGGAUGUAGAAGAUUAUUUCAACAUUAUUUAAACGUAGAUAUUAUACUUCAGGCAAUGAUGGAACAAUGCCGCUACCUACAUAUACCAAUUGGUAAUAUGCCAAAAGACAUUACCUUAUAUGGGUGUGAUCUAUUCUUUGCUCGACAUCUGUAUAAACACAAUCAUUUAUUAUGGUGUUCGCCGACUGAGAGACCUGAUUUAGGUGGGAAAGAAGCAGACGACAAUAGAUUAUGUAUGGAGUUACAAGGUAGUACACCAAUAGAAUUAAACAAUCCAGGACAUUACCCUACAGUUUGUGUAGAGUUAGAUAUUACUAGUUUAGCUGUUAAUACCAUUAUUGAGUCAGGUCAUGUGAAUGAUCAGGAAGGUGCCAGUGCCGCGAUAAGUUUCGAUACUAUGCCACAAUCAUCGUUGGAGGACAUGGUACAAGGGCAAGGUGCUGCCACCAUGUUGACGAGUUAUGAUGAAACGGCUCUAUGUUCUACGACGUUUAGAAUAUUAAAAACUAUGGUUCAUGGUUGGGUCCGUGACGUUACUACAUACUCUAACGUCUUCGCUGAUAAUCAAAUUAUACAUUUCUACAGAUGGUUAAGAUCGCCAUCUUCUCUACUAUAUGACCCAGCUUUACGUAGAACUUUACAUAAUAUGAUGAAAAAAGUCUUUAUGCAGUUAAUAGCUGAAUUUAAAAGGCUAGGAUCUGAGAUUGUGUAUGGUAAUUUUAACAGACUUAUAUUAUGUACGAAGAAACGACAACUCGUAGACGCCCUGUCGUACGUAGAGUAUAUCACUAACAGUAUUAAAUCACGAGAACUCUUCCAUCUUAUUGAUAUGUCUUAUGAACAGUGCUGGGAACUUCUCAUGUGGCUUGAUCAGGCUAAUUAUGGGGGUGUUCGAGGGAAACUCACUCAGAAUAACAAUAAUAAUAAUAAUAAUGAUGAUAAGAAAGAUGAUGGUGACAGUGAUGGAGAAGAAAUAGUCGCUGAACAGGAGGAGGAAUUGAAUAAAUCAGAUUCCGAGGAUGAGCCUGAAGUGGAAAUGAACUGGAAUAUGAUGUUAUUUUUACCAGAAUCAGGAGCUUGUCAAACAAAUUUCAAUAUGUUGAUAGCAGGGUAUAUAUUAUCUGUAUAUAAUCAGAUGUUAGAAGAACAACGCAGAUUUACACCAGGCAAUACUCCGCUACAUAAUAGAUUUGAUUCUAGUCAAACACCAGUUGUCAUAGAUACGUCUGCUACACCUUCAACAAUCACCUUCUCUCAAAACUUAGUCCAGGGAGAACUCGCUCAACAAAUGUUCGCAUUAACUCAAAAAGUUCAGAAGAAAUUAUCGGGUAAUCGUAGUAACCAUGGUGAUAUUGAAAAGUUUCCUCAACUACCAGGCUCCCAUCUACCAUUAAAUAAUCCGGCUUUAGAAUUCGUCAAGUGUGUUUGUAAGGUUUUAUCAUUAGAUAGUAACGUAACUAUACAAGUUAAUAAAUUAAAGAGAGAUUUAUUAAAGUUGAUUUGUGUUGGAGAGUUUUCAUCUGAAUCUCAGUACCAAGAUCCUUGUUUAUCUUACAUUUUACCAGAGGUGAUUUGUAAAUCAUGUAAUCACGUUCGUGACCUAGACCUAUGUCGUGAUCCGUAUCUAUGUCAAGAUUCACCAGGAUCAUCAUGGGCGUGUAUACAGUGCCACCUGGAGUAUGAUAUUAGUGAAAUAGAACAGAGUCUAUUAGAAGCUAUAAAUAGAAAAUCUAUGUCCUAUAUUUUACAGGAUUUAAAAUGUUCCAAAUGUAAAGGGAUUAAAGAUAAUAACAUGAAGAAAUAUUGUUCUUGUGCUGGAGAAUUCAGUAAUACUUUAGAUAUUGAAGAGUAUCGUAAACAAUUACGAACUUUUAGAGGUAUAGCAAGACACUAUAAAAUGGUGUUAUUACUAGAGACAGUGGAAUGGAUAAUGAAGAUGAAUCCUGGAUUAUAA